CCGGCGACUCUGUAGGCUGCAGAGCUCUCCAGAGCUCCCGCCGCGGCGGUUCGUUCGGUCCAGAACCCGGGCCACCCACGGGGCGGUGGGCGCUCCUCGGCCCUGGGCUCUGCGAAGCCCCGAAGGCAAGACUAACUAGGUGCUGUUCCACCCGGGGCUGACCCCCGAGGCUCCGCUAUGGAUGGCAAGAGCGAAGUGGAUUUUUCUAGCAACAGUUUAAACCCCUUGUGGCGGAGGCGGUCAACCCCUGAGCCCCAGCUGCUGGGCCGGAGCAAGCCGAGGCCCCAGUCCUACCAGAGCCCCAGCGGAUUGCUGAUCACGGAUUUCCCGGUGGAGGAUCAAGGGACGCUUCCCGCGGCGCAGACUCCCGCCCAGGUGCUCACCGCCUCCGACGGCAGGAGGGUCCAGGAGAGCCCCUUGCUUCUCUGCGCCCAUGGGAGGGCGGUGACCAAUGGGAGGACCGUCUCCCCGGAGUGCAGAGCUGUCUCUCCUCGGCCUCGACGGCCCAAGUCACCGCAGGCCCCCAAAGCGGCGUCAGGCGGCUCCCCGAAAUCCCCAGCGAAUGGCACAGUCAUCUCGCCUGCGCCACAGCCGCUGCGCCCCCCACGGACUCCUACCGCGCCCGCCCGCUGUAGCCCGGAGGGGGACCGGACCGGAUUGACCGCCAACCUCCUGCCUACGCCAGCUGCAAAUGGACUCACCCCUAAUACGGAUCCCGCAGGCUCCCGUUCGCACACCGGCCAGACGGCUAAGGACCUUGAGCGGAGUCCCUUGAGACUCUCUCCUGCGCCCCAGAAGAGGUCUUUGGAACAAAAACUCCCCCUCCAAAGGCUGCCCUCACAGGAAAGCGAGCUCCCCGAGAAUCCUUCAGUGGUUUUGAGCACAAACAGUCCCGCCGCCCUCAAAGUGGGGAAGCAGCAGAUCAUACCGAAGAGCCUGGCCUCGGAAAUUAGAAUAAGUAAAUCCAACAGUCAGAGUGUGGAGCCCCACAAGAGACUCCUCAAGGUGCGCAGCAUGGUGGAGGGCCUCGGAACCCCCCUGGGCCCCCCAGAGGACGACGGUGAGGCCGAGAACGACGUGGACAGCCCGGGGUCUCUGCGGAGAGGUUUACGGUCCACGUCCUAUCGCAGGGCGGUGGUCAGUGGCUUUGAAUUUGACAGUCCUACCACCUCAAAGAAGAAGAACAGGAUGUCUCAACCUGCUCUGAAAGCAGUGAUGGAAGACAAGGAGAAGUUUUCCAGCCUGGGAAGGAUAAAAAAAAAAAUGCUGAAAGGACAAGGAACAUUUGAUGGGGAAGAAAAUGCUGUUCUGUAUCAAAACUACAAAGAAAAGGCUCUUGACAUUGACUCUGAUGAAGAGUCAGAGCCUAAAGAACAGAAAUCAGACGAAAAAAUUGUGAUUCAUCAUAAGCCACUGAGAUCUACAUGGAGCCAGCUUUCUGCCGUGAAAAGAAAUGGAUUAUCGCAGACAGUUAGCCAGGAGGAAAGGAAGAGACAAGAGGCUAUCUUUGAGGUCAUAUCCUCUGAACAUUCAUAUUUACUCAGUUUGGAGAUCUUGAUACGAAUGUUUAAAAAUUCCAAAGAACUGAGCGAUACAAUGACCAAAACAGAGAGUCACCAUCUUUUCUCCAAUAUUACAGAUGUCUGCGAGGCAAGCAAAAAAUUCUUUACAGAGUUGGAAGCAAGACAUCAGAAUAAUAUAUUCAUAGAUGACAUAAGUGACAUUGUGGAGAAACAUACAACAUCUACAUUUGACCCAUAUGUGAAAUACUGCACAAAUGAAGUCUACCAACAACGAACACUACAAAAAUUGUUAGCCACCAAUCCAUCUUUUAAGGAAGUAUUGUCACGAAUUGAGUCCCACGAAGACUGUAGGAACUUACCCAUGAUCUCGUUCCUCAUUCUCCCCAUGCAGAGGGUGACUCGCCUGCCUCUGCUGAUGGAUACUAUCUGUCAAAAAACACCUAAGGACUCUCCAAAGUACGAAGUCUGCAAAAGGGCCUUAAAGGAAGUAAGCAAGUUGGUUCGACUGUGCAAUGAAGGAGCUCGGAAGAUGGAAAGGACCGAAAUGAUGUACACGAUUAACUCUCAGCUGGAAUUUAAAAUUAAGCCUUUUCCUCUAGUCUCCUCUUCCCGGUGGUUGGUAAAAAGAGGUGAGUUGACGGCCUAUGUCGAAGAUACUGUGCUUUUCUCAAAGAGGACAUCCAAACAGCCAGUCUACUUCUUUCUCUUUAAUGACGUGCUCAUUAUCACCAAGAAGAAGAGUGAAGAAAGUUACAACGUCAAUGACUAUUCUUUAAGAGAUCAGCUAUUGGUGGAAUCCUGUGAAAAUGAAGAGCUUAAUUCUUCUCCAGGGAAGAACAGUUCCACAAUGCUUUAUUCAAGACAGAGCUCUGCCAGUCACCUCUUUACUCUGACAGUCCUCAGCAACCAUGCGAAUGAGAAAGUAGAAAUGCUGCUAGGGGCUGAGACACAGAGCGAGCGAGCCCGCUGGAUAACUGCCCUGGGACACAGCAGCGGCAAGCAGCCUCCAGACCGAACCUCACUGACCCAGGUGGAGAUCAUUAGGUCAUUUACUGCCAAGCAGCCAGAUGAACUCUCCCUGCAGGUGGCAGACGUGGUCCUCAUUUACCAACGUGUCAACGAUGGCUGGUAUGAGGGGGAGCGACUGCGAGAUGGAGAAAGGGGAUGGUUUCCUAUGGAGUGUGCCAAGGAGAUAACAUGCCAAGCUACCAUUGAUAAGAAUGUGGAGAGGAUGGGACGUUUGCUAGGAUUGGAGACCAACGUGUAGCCUCUCCAAGGGCCAUUCAUUUCUGUGAGACUUGCACUACAUCGUGGUGAGCUGGUUGGUUCUGGGCUGGUUUUGUUGAUUUUACACAGCAUGCUAUAUGAAAAGAAUGAAAGCAUGCACUUGCCUUUAAGCUUGCCAAGCAGUUAUGCUCUCAGGAGAACAGCUACUGGAUACGGUUAGUCUGCCAAAGCUCAGUUUGUGCACAGCAAUCCACCUGCAAACCUCUAGGUACACAGAGAAGCCAAGCAGGCCACAUCAGGGAUCACACAACCUCAACUCUCCAUGUGUUGCCAUUUUCUGGCAUAAAACUAUAUAUAAGAUGUUGUACCCUGGUUUUCUCUGUCCUCACUCAACCAAGAAUGUUAUCUUUCCUUCAGUUUCUCCUAAGGUUCUCCCAGUAUUAGCAAGAUCUUAUGUGUUUAAGGAAUGCCCCGUUUUGUAAAUACUUCUCCUGCCUCUUGUACUUUAGAUCUGACUCUAAUGCUAUGUUGAUUUCAAAAGGAACUGGUAGAGUUUAAAAAGGUGAGCUGUUUUUAUAAACCUCUUCCCAGGAAAGGGAACUUGACACUUGAAUUUUUGCCCUCUUUCCUCAUUAGUAGAAAAGUAAGGAGCUUUUCUUAGAUUUUUUAAAAAAUCCAUCUCAUUCAAUGUUGGUCUCAGAUUAUAGCCUGACAACAUCUAAGUUACUCUAAUAACAUAGAAGUUAGAUAAUUCACAUAUGUGAAAAAAUACUGAAUAUAGGUCCUACUUUUUAAAAAAUAUUCCCUUAAACUGAUAAACUUAAAUGAAGCUGCUUUGCCUUCAAUGCAAGGUUUUUGACUGUUCCUACUGCCAUUUCCAAAUAGGAAAUGGCUGACAUACAAUCUCAAGGAAGGUGCAAUUAGGUCUUACAAGAUAUUAAGAUGGGCCAACAUGGCACCUAAUUGAAACAAUAUUUUGGCCUUAAUGGGGACCCAUUUUAUUUGCACUAAAGGCCUUCAUUGCUGGAUUUGGAGACUCUCUUUACUGCAGGUAUCUGCAGAACUUUAUUUCUUCCACUUGUGCAAGGAGAAAGAAAAAUCAUUGUAGUAGUAUGUUUUGUCAAGAGAGAAUCCCAAGGUCUGGAAGAUGGAGAGGCGAGAAGUGGUUUUGCCAGGCAGCUAUGUUCCCUUUCUACUCCAUUCUUUUCCACAAAGGGGUAAAACCUGGCCAAGCAUACAUGACACAAGGACUCAGAUCUAUCUAAGUGUGACAUGACUCAGCUACUGCCUGCCAACCAGUUACAUAAAUCGUGAGUAAAGUGAGCAAAGCAAAAAGCCUAGUAUGAGAACUAAGUGUGCUUGGCUCCCACACCCUGAGUCCUGCCACUCAUCAGGUAGACAGGGUGGGGCACCUACGGCCUUCUUGUCCCUGGAUUGCUCUCCUUUACCUAUGAAUACAUUUCUGUGUAUAAAAGACAUGCCAGGCCUCAAAUUCCUUGAGGGCUGGGCCAGUCUGUCAAUGAAGUAAUAGCAGUGGACCACAGCAAAAGAAGCGUUAGAGUAAAACAAGAAGUCUGUCUCCUCUUUAAUGUCACAGACUUUUUAGAGGAUAGGCUAACAAGUUGUAAUCUAAUCUAAUGUGAUGUUUGCAUUUAGGAAGGAAGGUAAAUUUGUUGCUUUUAAAGGGAUCAUUAUGUAUUAUUUUUGCUAAUACCCAGUUGAAGCUGAAAAGCAAUUAUACGAAUCCUGUGAAUUAAUUUAUAAGUAGAGAUGUUAAACAAUUUUGGAAAUAUGUUCAUCUUAUAACUCAAAGCCUUGUUUAGCAAACCAGUUAAUACUGCUGUUAAAGUGUGUUGUUAUAUGGUGGGUAUUUAACAUUCACAAUGUAAUUCAACCAUGCACUGUCCUUUUUACAUGACCCAGUAUUGUUUUCAAACCUUUAGUUUCUACGGUUUCCCUGCAUUGUACAAUGACAUCAUGAAUGACCUGUAGAGAACAAGAAUAUUCAUUUUUGUCUUGAUGAAUUGAGACAGCUUGUACACUUUUGGUGAAAUAUGUGAAUUUAUAAAGAUUUUGUAUAUAUUUGUU